AUGCACACAGAACAGGCGCGGAAGCUCAAUCACUGCUACCUCAUGUCCUCGACGGAUAUUGAAGCUAGGAUAGCAGGAGCCGAUCCCAGACACGGACGAACUGGUACGGACGGGAAUUCUCUGCACCUACGCAGUGCUGAGACGAUUGUAACUGCCUCAUGCGGAUGGACGACGAGCGACUACAUAAACAACUCUUCUAUGGAGAUAUCGUCACGGGUUUCCACUGCCGAGUAUGUGAAGCCCGGGGCUAUAAGGACACUCUAAGGACCUAUUUGAAACGCCUGCAGAUAAAAUCGGCCCAUUUGAAGACCUCGCCUGGAACCGACCGGCCUGGAAGAGAACAGUAAAAAUAAGCACGGCGGCCUGCGAAGCCCACCGCGUAACCGACACCGAAGCCAGCCGCGAAACCCGAAAAUCUUAGCUGCCUCCACGUCGUAAUGCCAGCACUUAGUCGCCCCUAACAUGCCCUUGGUGUCAGCGAACCUUCUGGGCAACAGUCGCUCCAGAAGAAUCCCUUUGGACCCAAUGUGCCAACAGCCCGGCAACGUCUACUUUUUUUUACUCCCACCCCUGCUGCAAACUCCACGGAGACGGCUGCCCCCGUCACCGCCGAUCAUACAGUUGCUGCACCGUCGCCAUUAAUCACCGACAUUGUCCGCUCUGCCCAACCCCUGCGUCCACCACAGAGACUAGGUCCACCAAAACCACGACAUCACACUCUCCCCGAUGGGACGACGUCCGACAUUUCAUCGUUUACUACUAUAAACACCAGUACCCCCAUCUCCAACGAUGUGGAUUAG